UCUGUUCAAAUAUGCGAUUGUCGAAUACCAGCACUCUGCAAUUGACAGAGUUCGUAAGUAACUUUCCUCCAUAUGCGAUUUUAUCGCACACAUGGUCGUCGGAAGAAGUCCCCUUCCAACAAACCCAUUCGUGGGAAGCACGCUAUAAGCAAGGAUACCAGAAAAUUCAAAAAUGUUGCGAACAAGCGCUUGCGGACAAUUUGGAGUACGCAUGUGCUGAGCUUUCGGAAGCCAUCAACUCUAUGUUCCAGUGGUAUAAGAAUGCGCACGUGUGCUACGUUUACCCUGCAGACGUUGAGGGCCCGUACAGGAAGGACACCGGAACUCCUCUUUUCACAUACACAGCAGAUGGUAACCCGAGUCGAUGGUAUACCCGAGGCUGGACGCUCCAAGAGCUUCUGGCGCCGUCAAACGUUGUCUUUUACAACCGGGAAUGGCAGUGGAUAGGGACUAAAUGCCAAAUGCUUGAAGCGAUAUCUAACAUAACACAAAUCGACGUAUUCAAUCAAAAUAAAAUUGAUAUUAAGCCCACCUGUAUAGAAGAUAGGGCAUACUGUCUCCUUGGUCUGUUUAGAGUGCAUAUGCCUCUUCUCUACGGCGAAGGGAGGAAUGUAUUUCGCCGUCUCCAGGAAGAGAUCAUCAGAACUUCAACCGAUAUGAGUAUCUUUGUCUGGGUCCAUGGCUGACCUCUCGCUCUUCUAUAUAUGAAGGACUCGUAUCCCCCUUUCAUGGACAGAUUCUACUCUGUUUGUUUUCUUCCUUCUUUUCCCUUCUGUCAAUUUGUCAAUAUGAAUGAUAUCCCGCCGAACUCCACAGUCCAGCCCAAAGCCACAGUGGGUACUGAACCACACAAGCCCUAAGUCGUGUUCCACCUUAGCACGUUUGACAAUCCUUUCCCCCAUCUAAGUACACACUCAGCCAAGAUCUCCCGUAGCCCAAACUUAUUUACAAAUAGCCUACGGAGACCCUUGGCAUCUUCCAUAAACUGGAGGAGCUUGAGGGAAUUAUUACCCAAUUUUAGUUUCACCUCGAACUACCG